AAAAUUCAAGCGUUACAAAUUUACAAUUUCCAGUGUCGCCGCCACAUACAAAUCAACUUCGAAAAAUCAGCCGAUCAUACCCUCAGAAUCUGGCGAUCUCUCGUUUUUGUUGGCUGAUAGCCCUCGUCGAGAGAGGAAUUUCAGAGAAUUUGGUAUGUGUUCUUCUUUUGGAUCGAAAUUUUCUUGUUUUUUUCUCUUUAAAAUCAAAGCUUAAUCUUCCAAGAAUCUGUUUGGAUGGAGAGAAGAAUAAGAAAGGAAAAAAGAAAGAAACAAACGGAUUUUGUUUUAAACCAAUCGUUGAGUUUUCGCCUAAUUAUCUUUCACUCUCGCGCAGAUAUCGUUGAAUCCAUGUCGAAUCACUACAGCGAUCAGUUUGCACAUAUUGAAACAACAUGCGGAUCUCUUCUUUGUGAACUGAAGAAAAUCUGGGAUGAAGUUGGGGAGCCUGAGGAUGAUAGGGACACAAUGCUCCUUCAAAUUGAACAGGAAUGCCUCAGAAUUUACAUGAGAAAAGUGGACGGUGCAAAAAAGUGCAGAGCGAAGUUGCAACGAGAAGUUGAGGUUGCUGAGAAGGAAAUUUCAGAUAUCUCUGCUUCACUGGGCGUGAAACCAGUGAAUCGUGAUAGGAAGCCUGGAGGCAAUCUCAGGGAAGAGCUUCAAACAAUUGUCCCACUGUUAGAGGAUAUGCGCAGGCAGAAAGUGGAGAGAAAGAACCAGUUUGUUGAAGUUCUAGAUCAGUUACGGAAAAUAUCAAAUGAGAUUUUUGGGCUCAGGGAAGAUAUUUGUUAUGAUGUGGAUGCUUAUGGGACUAACAUGUCUGUGCACAGACUAGAAGAGUUACGUAGGGAAUUGCGUGAACUACAAAAUGAGAAGAUAACCCGUCUGAAUCAGGUGCAGGAUCACCUCAACAACCUUAAGUCACUCUGCUUGGUUCUGGAUAUAGAUUUCAAGGAAACAGUUUGUAAAAUUCAUCCUAAUUUGGAUGAUUCCAAGGGAACAAAAGAUGUAAGUGAUGGUACAAUUGCUCGGUUGGCAGCAAAGAUCCAAAGCAUGCGGGAUGUCAAGAUACAAAGAAUGUUGAAGCUUCAAGAUCUCGCAGCUUCUUUGUUGGAGCUUUGGCAUUUGAUGGAUACACCAGUAGUAGAGCAACAGAUGUUUCAGAAUGUUACCAGUCAAAUUGCUGCUUCUGAACCUGAAAUUAUUGAGCCUGGAAUGCUUUCCAUGAAGAACAUUAAAAAUGUUGAGGUGGAGGAGUCGAGGCUUGAGCAGCUCAAAGUAAGUAGAAUGAAAGAAUUUGUUUUGAAAAAGCAAGUGGAAUUAGAGGAUAUAUGCAAGAAGACUCACAUGGUUGCAGAACCCCUCCAUUCCAUUGAUUAUUCAAUGAAAGCCAUGGAGACUGGUGCCCUUGACCCUAUGUAUCUAAUCGAACAAAUUGAACUUCAGAUUUCGAAGGUUAAAGAAGAAGCUUUGAGCAGGAAAGAAAUACUUGAGAAGGUGGAGAAAUGGUUAUCAGCUUGUGAAGAAGAGAGCUGGCUGGAAGAGUACAAUAGGGAUGAUAAUCGGUAUAAUGCUGGAAGAGGAGCACACCUUGCCUUGAAAAGGGCUGAGAAAGCCCGCGCAAUGGUUAACAAAAUUCCUGCAAUGGUAGAGGCAUUGAUUUCAAAAACAGAAGCUUGGGAGAUAGAACAUGGAACAGUUUUCUUAUAUGAUGGAGCACAACUUAUCUCAAUUCUCGAACAGUAUAGCAGCCUCAGGCAAGAGAAAGAACAGGAAAAGCAGAGGCAAAGGGACCAAAAGAGACUUCAAGGACAGCUGAUGGCAGAGCAGGAAGCACGAUAUGGGUCAAAACCCAGUCCUUCAAAAAGUGGAAAGAAGGUUUCUAGAACAUCAGAAGCAGUAGCUAAUAACCGGAAAUUCUCCCUGGGUGGAGCAUUACUUCAACACCCAAAACCUGAAAAUCCUGCUAUACAUCUGCAUUCUAGUAAGAAGGGUGAAUAUUUGAAUCGAAAGAGCUCAUUAGCUCAUCAGCAAACCAAUGGUUUUGCAACUCACUCUGCUAGAAGGAACUCAGAGAUUCCUGGCCAGUCAGUAAAGAAGCCUAUCUCCAGUGCCCCAAACGCUUAUGAAGUUGCAUCGCCAGUGAUUCGAAAGCCUCUGUCUCCUGUCUCUUUCCCAGUUUCCUCCAAUACCAACAUUCCAAAUAUCCAGGAUCAGAAGACUGUACAUAAUGGACAGAGUAAGGUUGCUGCACGUUGCAAGACGCCAAUGGGUACACCAGCCACAGGAAUGUCAGCUUACAGAGGUGAUGAGGAAAACAGAACCCCUAAAACAGUGCCAAUCCCAGUGCCUACAACUCCUUCCACGGUGUCAGCUCCAAUGCUAAUGGCUGUCACACCAGCUUCUCCUGUGUCCUUUGGUGCCAAAAAAGCUGAUAAUACCCUGAAAGAAGUGGAAUACUCAUUCGAAGAGGUGAGAGCUGGCUUUUUAUACCCCAUUUCCCAUUCAUAACUUUCAUUUUCCCAAUCAUAUAGUUUUCUAUUUGGCUUCCCUCCCCUUUUUAACUCCUAGUUGUUACGUUCACAUGAAAAGAAAAAGGUUCCAUAACUCUGUCAUUGCCUCAUGAGGUGUCAUGGAAUUCUG